AGUGCCUGGGUGGGCAUAAACGCUAGUGUAGAACGUGGCUCCAGGUAGGUCGUAGUCAGGCAGCGAAAGCCCGAGCGAAUUUGCGCCUGGCUCCCUCGCGUCCUACCCGGGUUUCUGGCAUUCGAACGUCCCGCGGUCGGUCGGUCGUCCGCCCGUCCGUCCCGCCCAUCAUCAAGCUCACUCCCUAACAUGGGGGAAAACAUUUUGCCACGGCGCAUGUUCCUCUGGUGCAUGGCGGCCAUCUAUUUGAGCGCAUUUGUUUCGCUUUACGUGCAAAUACCAGGUCUCUAUGGCAAUGAGGGUUUGCUCCCUGUCCGCAAUCAGCUGCGCUACAGCGGCAAGCCUCUGGUCGAGCAGCUGCUGGCCUCGCCCACCCUGCUGUGGCUGAGCCCCCACCUGGGCCUGGACACCCACACAGCCAUUGAGCUGCUGUGCCUGGUGGGGGUGGCGCUCAGUUUGGCCGCCAUGCUAGUUGGGGCGCUGAGGGACAGCGUGGUCUUCUUCUGCCUCUGGGCCUUGUACUUGUCCAUGUACCAAGUGGGGCAGGUUUUCCUCUACUUUCAAUGGGACAGCCUGCUUCUGGAGGUGGGCUUCCUCUGUGUCCUCGUGGCUCCAAUGACUCUCAUCAGGGGGUCUCGGUCAGUCUGUGCGCAUGACCGCAUCACCUUUUGGCUCAUCCGAUGGCUUCUCUUCCGCCUCAUGUUUGCCUCCGGAGUGGUGAAGCUCACCUCACGCUGUCCUACUUGGUGGGGCUUAACUGCGAUGACGUAUCACUACGAAACUCAGUGCAUUCCCACCCCGCUGGCCUGGUUUGCCCACCAGUUGCCCGUGUGGUGGCAGAAGCUGAGCGUGGCGGGCACCUUCACCAUCGAGAUCGCCGUGCCGCUGCUUUUCUUCAGUCCGCUGCGCAGGCUCAGACUCUGCGCUUUCUACUUGCAAGUGCUGCUGCAAGUGUUUAUCAUUUUGUCAGGGAACUACAACUUCUUUAACCUUCUGACCUUGGCCCUUUGUCUGUCCCUGCUGGAUGACCGGCAUGUACGCUUUUGGCUGUGCACGGCAGAACACACUGAAGACAAGGAGUCUAAGCUGUGGUCCUGGCUGUGUUACAUACUGGAGCUUGCUGUCUUUUCUCUGGUUAUCUAUGGUGCAAUCGUGUGUUUUGAACUGAAAGUGGACAUGACAACGAGCGCUAUUACUUCCAAAACAGCAUUCACCUACCACCACUUCAAACAGUUUCUGAACAGUGUCACUUUCCCAUGCGUGUGGGUCGGCGUUCUAUCUCUCAUGUGGGAGAUGCUCACAGCCAUGUACAGGUGUGCCUGUGUGUCUGGUUUCCUAAGGAGGUUUUGGUCUACGCUCCAGUGGACGGUGUUUGCUGCUGCCGCGGCCGCCAUGUUCACCAUCAGUCUGGUGCCAUUCACCUACAUAGACUAUGCCUCAAAUUCCAAGCUGUGGCCUGGAGUACGUCAAGCCUACAGUCUUGUGGAUCGCUACCAGCUGGUUAACUCUUACGGGUUGUUUCGAAGGAUGACUGGCGUGGGUGGGCGUCCUGAGGUCGUCAUAGAGGGAAGUAACGACGGCGUCACCUGGACGGAAAUUGACUUUAUGUACAAACCUGGCAACCUGAGCACGACGCCCCCGUUGGUGACGCCCCACCAACCCCGCUUGGACUGGCAGAUGUGGUUCGCCGCCCUCGCGACCCACACGGAGGCACCAUGGUUCACCGCCCUCGUGUACCGACUGCUGCAGGGCAAGACGGACGUCAUCAGGCUGAUUCAGACGGACGUCACUCGUUACCCUUUCCACCAGCAGCCUCCUACCUACCUGCGAGCCCACCGCUACAGAUACUGGUUUACGGUACCCAAAGCAGACGGAUCAUAUCCCCAGCACUGGUGGAGGAGGGUCUACAAUGAAGAAUUCUAUCCCGUAGUGCAUCUGGGUCACCCAUUCCUUGAGAGCAUGCUGGACCAACAUGGUCUCAAGGACAAGUCACCUUCACGUCGGCAGUCCAACUCCGCCAUGGCCCGGGUGGUGAUGUGGGUGCGCGACCAGGUCACGGGCGUCCCGACCCCCGUGCUCAUCUGGACCCUGGUUGGCGGCAGUGCCGCCUUGUGUCUGCUGCUGGCGUUGCCCAGGAGACAAAAAAACGUCAUGGGCAGUUUCAAGCCGAAAGACACUCUGCCCGAUGCAAAAAAGACGGUAGAUGAGGAUGACGAGGAACAUGAGAAAGGAGAGGACGAAGAGAAGGGUGAGAUGGAGGAUGUUGAUGAGAAAGAAAGGGAGGGUGUCACCAAUGAUGAUGAAAAGGAGGAAGAGGUAGAGACAGAAGUGGAAGAACAGUGAGAGAAAGGGGCUGAUGUUACUAAAUUGAGCAAAGAGGUAUGUGUGUGUAUAUAUAUUUGUCCUUCCUGUUUGGGCUCGCUUGUGCACAUGUUCAAAUGAACAUGACUUUGGAUGAUUUAAUUGUAUUGGGAAAAACACUCGCUUGAACCAGGAAGUUCCUUGCAAGCAUUUUUUUCUAUUUGUGGUUCAAGUUGUCAAUGCAGCACUUUUUUUUAUUUUUUUACACACACGCACGUGCCUUUUCCUUGUGUGCAAUACACACAAACAUUUUUAGAUAAAAUUGAAAUACAAUAAAUGAUUGUCCUGAAAGUCAUUUUUGUCCAACAACCCGUUCAUGCCUUUUAAGAAAACAAAACAAAAAUCAAUGUGCAGCUACUGAUUACUGAAAGUUGGCAUGCAUUUAAGAAAGUACAGUGUUCCCUCACUGCGUUGUUCACCUAUUGCCAAGUCAGUGCACGACAGGUUUUUUGUUGUUUAAUAAUCAUAUCGCACAUAAUUCGGCAUAUCUCAUGAAAACAAAAAAAAAAAAGAA